UGCCUGUUCCGUAUUUUACCGCCAACUUACUCGUUGGUGAAAGAAGCACUUGUUUUCCUUUGCAGCAACGAUGGCCGAUCCAUCAACGUCUCAGGCAGAUCUGAAACCCAAGGCCAUCUCGUUGAGUGAUGUUGUGGUUGAUGUUUGCUUCAACCCAGUGAAAGAUGUUAUUGCAGCAGCUCACAUCGGAGGAGACGUCUCUCUGCAUUCCUAUGCAGUUGAAGGCGACAACCAAGAUCUCCUGCUGCUGGAGCACCACAAGAAGUCAUGUCGAUGCAUACAGUUCUCGUCUGAUGGCACCAUCUUGUACAGCGGUUCCAAAGACAAGUCAAUUGCAGCUGUGGAUAUGAAUACUGGUGCUGUCACCUGGCACAACAAAACGGCCCACGAGUCAGCAAUUUACAGCUUACUUCUGUUGGGUGACCAUUUUCUGGCUUCUGGAGAUGAUGACGGAACUGUUAAGGUUUGGGAUCUAAGGGCCAAAGAAGCAUCCAUGGAAUUAAAGUGCUGUGAAGAAUUCAUAAGUGGCAUGGCCAUUGACAACGACCACAAAAUUCUGUUGGCUGCUUCAGGUGAAGGAACUCUUACGGCUCUGAAUGUGCGUCGCAAACGGCUGGAACUUCAAUCUGAGCUUUUUGAUUCUGAACUGUUAUCAGUUGCCAUAAUUAAGAAUGGGCGUAAAGUUGUUUGUGGCACUGGAGAAGGAGUCUUGAAUCUUUUCAACUGGAGUGAGUUUGGAAAUCUCUGCGACCGAUUCCCAGGUCAUCCGAUGUCCAUUGAUUGUAUUUGUCCCGUUUCUGAAGACAUCAUUUGUACUGGUUCCCUGGAUGGAGCUGUCAGAGCUGUACAUAUUUUACCAAACCGAUUUCUUGGAGUGCUUGGCAGACAUGCUGACUUUCCAGUGGAGAACUUGAGUUUGUCUCGAGACAAAAAGUUCCUGGCUAGUUGUUCUCAUGACCAGACUGUUAAGUUUUGGAACCUCGACAUUUUGUCAGACGUUGAGGUGAACAUCCAGGAGAAAGCCAAGAAAUCGAGUCGUCUGAAUCCGUUGAACAAAGAAGACGACUUCUUUGCUGAUUUUGGGAAUGAGCUUUCCGUUAAUACUUCUGUUAAUCCUGACAGCGACAGCGAAUCCGAGAGUUUCACUGAUAUGAGUGACAUUGAGAAUGCUGGCGGCGAAAAUGAGCAGAGCGGAAAGAGAAGAGCCAGGGAGACGGAUGAAGAGUCUAUAGAAAUUUCAGACAGCGACGAAGAUGACAUUAGUGAUGAUGACGUUAUUAAUAUUGAUGAUGAUGAUGAUGAUGAUGACGAUGACGAUGAUGAUGCAGGUGGUGAUGACAAGAAUUCUGAGGCCAAGGAUAUGCAAGCUGAUGCUGAAAAGAAAACUUGUGAAAAGAGUGAAGAUAAGAAACCAGACACUUAAUAACGAAAAAGGCAAAAAAGUGUUUGUUGUUGUUUUGCUAAAGAGACAAGUGUAAAUGUGUAAAAAGUGGGGAAAGUUUGAAAUGUGAGAGGAAAUUAAAUGUCGUUUUUGAUAUUGCUCAUUGUUUGGAGGUUGUGUGUAUAUAUACAUACAUACAUACAUAUAUACACAUAUAUAUUAAUCAACAUUAUUAUCAUUUUAACAUCUACUUUUCCAUGCUUGCAUGGGUC